GUCUAAAUAUCCCCUAACCUAACUUAUCUACAAUAUAUAGCGGAUGGAACUCUAGCCUAACCCCAGAUCAUUUAGUUGUCCCAUCCAUCCACUAACCGCCACCAAACCUAUCUCCAAUUUGACCAAUUCUCCUCCACCUAAGGAUCACCUCCCAAUCCAAAGCCACCAACCAGCUCGCUUGCACGCCUCCAUGCCCGCAGCCGUUGUAGCCAAUGGACGCUUCCACAUACCAGAAGAGGGCUUCGCCGAUGAGACCACUGGAGCAGGAGCUCCCGCAGCCACGCAAUCCCCAGGUAUCUGCGCAUCCCCAUGGACAUACCUUAGAAUCACCCAUGGACAAGAGGUCGAGCCUGCCAGAGCCAUGUCGCCCACACGCCCCUUCUUCUUGCUUCGUUGUGGUCCCUCUCCCAUUCUUCCUCUCUCUCCCUUAUUUUCUCUCUCACUCUCUCAAUCUCCAUGCCAAGGCAGCCAUGGCGCCCUCAUAGUGUCCCCGUUGCUUGUGCCUCGCCUCGUCCCCUUGGAGCUCCAAGGCACCAGAUUCGCGCCGUAUCUGGUGGAUUCGUCCAUCCCCUACCUCGAGCAUGUGCAACUCACCUCGUCUGCCUCGCCUCGCUGGAGAUGCCUCACACUGUCGUUAGCAAGCCUCGCCGUCGCGUUUGUCUUCUGCGUCUGACGGUGAGAUCCCCAUGUAUUCAUGGGAAUACCAUGUCUAGGCCUUCGGCUUAGUACAUAUAGAGCAGCACCCUUAAUUGGAAACAAACACAGCAUGGGUGCGGUGGUUAGCGCCAUUGGUUUGCAUCUAGGAAGUGUUGUUUUCGAGUCCCAGAUUUCCCCCACACACGCACUUGGGCCUAAUCCUUUCCUGGGCCGCCGAAGUGCUGUAGUCUGGCCCAUCAACGUUUUUUCUUGUCCGCUACGAUUUGGCAUUUAUCAAUGCAUGCAUAUUUCAGAAAAAUUCAUGAUGUUAAACUGUCAAUAACUAGAUAACCAUGUAUCGAACUAAAGAAAUUUAUAUUCGUAAAAUGUUUUGAAUUUUGUGCAGAUUAAUAAUAUUCAACUUCUAUCCAUGUUAAAAAUGUUUAACUUGCCGUUUUCACGUAAUUUGGAUUAAUGUCAUAAAAUUGCAUAAUUCUUGUGUCAUUUUUUCGAAGUAAGUACCUACAUGUUGUAUAUGAUUUUGGGUUAUAAAAAUCCAUAGAAUCCAUUUGUGCAAUUAGUUUUGUAAUUUGAGUAUGUUUGUGUGCAUGUUGUUUUUGUUGUGAUGCCCUUUUGUUAUUUUUGUGUGAUUUAAUCCAUGCAUCAUAUGAAUUUUUGUUGAACAUGACAUGUGCCCUUUAUGAUGUGUAUUAGCCCCUGGUAUAUUUUUUCUGCAAUGCAAAAGCAUGUUUACAUGUUAUUUUCUUGCUGCCAACAUGCCAUGAAAAUGUUGUUGUUUGUAGUGUCAAAAUAAUUCUAAGUCAGAGAAUCUGAUUAUUUCAGAAUGCUAGGUUGUGUUGAUGCUAGCUACGAUUGUGUCUAUAAUUAGACAUUGCUAGUAUGGAAUGAAAUGAAUUGCCUCAUUCCUACUACCAUGCGGCAAAUUAUCAUGCCAUUACAUGACCUGUAGCAUAUGUUUUCUUGCUGCUAAUAUGGCUUCUUGAUAAAAUGUACUAUGUUAAAAAGUGUUAUUUUCACAAAGUCUGAAACUGUGUUCAAGUAGCCAUCUUGUGAGCUCAUUUCAUAGUGAUCCAUGCUUCUAUUCAAUAUGUUGUUAUGAGAUGGAUGCUGUGCAUCAUGUCAACUACUUCUCCAUGUAUUGUUUGUGCAAUUUGGAUACAUAUAGCUUGUUUUUGAAUGUGUGCAAAAUGCCAUGUUGUAGUUUUGGACAGAUUAGAGCUAUAACUUGUGUUGGUUGUAUUUCACGUAGUUUCAUAAUAUAUUGCUUCAUCCACGAUUUAACAUGAUUGUGGUUGUCAUUACCUACCACUUAAAAUGUCAAGCCUCCCAACAUUGCCAUGAAAAGCCUCUAACCCCCUCCACAUCCCAGCAAACCUUUGUUUGGAUAUGUCAUUGCUUGCUCAGUCCUUCUGAUAGCGUUACUAGUUGAAGGUGCAGGUUACUUCCCAUGUGAAAGACUGGAUUCCUUGAUGUACCACAAUAUUAUUGCUACUUAAUUUAAUGCACAUAUAUAUUUCAAAAGGUGGACGGCUUGGACUUUUGGCUCGGUGUUUUGUUCCAUGUUCUUCGCCCUAGUUACUUGUGUAUCGGUGUUAUGUUCCAUAUUGAGCACUGCUAACAUGCUUGGGGUUGUUAUGGGUACUUUCUUUAUUUUUGUUUUGCGAGAAAACUCUUCUAGCAAGGCCAAACAUUGGUACUACAUGUGCUUAAUAACUAGCAAGAUUGCGUAGGGACUUUUAGGACAGUGCUCCUCAUGAGUGUUGGUCCAAACAGAGCCACUUGCAGGGCCACCCGGGGCAACUCGGGGGAUUUCUAGCAGGCGACCGUAUGUCGUGCUCAUCUGGUAGUACCCUGAGAAAGAGAUACACGCGUAUCCUAUUAGGAUCUGGCCUACUGAGCGGUUUUGCUAGAUUUGUUUUAUCUUUCUCGAACAUCUCGUGCACGGGAUUCCGAGGAUACUUGGGCUAUCUCAAGGUUGUGGUUUUCCACCAGGAUUGCAAGGAGACUGUGGGUUUUUCGUGGUUGAGGUUUUCCAUGCAGCUUGUGGAUAGUUUGUGAUGGAUGAGUUGGAGCACCCCUGGAGGGUUAAAUCUUUCUAAGAGUUGUGCACGCGGUUAUGUGGCCACUUGGAAACUUUGUUUAACAUCCGGUCAUAACAAACUUCAAGUAAACUCAACUAAAAUAUGCCAACUGUGUGCGUAACCAUGAAUGUCUCUUCUCGUGAGCACUGAAUUCGAGAGAGGACGUGAUGGUGUUAUGCUUAACUCGUUGGUAGGUGUGCACGAUCAUAACUUGAUCAUUGUUAGUUCACGACCGUUUAUGCGGAGGUCAUUCCCUCUUAUUCUUGUACUCUUUAGUUAGCCACACAAAUAAAUGCAUAGUGUUUGCUGCAGCCUCACCACCAAACCAUACCUCACCCAUUUAGCUUUGUUAGUCUUGAUACCUUUCGAAAUGAUAUUUUUGAGUCCCUGUCGCUAAGACAUUACGACAACAACAGUUGUAGGUACAGGUAGAGUGAUACUUUGACAUGAGCAUGAUGAAUGUUCUAUUUGGAGUUUCUUCUUCGUGUUCAUUGAUCUAGGAUGGUUCUAGGUCAGCAGCCUGAGAUAGCAAGGAUGGACAUCCUUUUAUCGUUUAAUUUCGUCCAUAGUUGGAUGAUGCUCAUAUGAAUGGUGAUUGAAUAUAUGUUUGUAUUGAGAUGAUCAUGAUUAGCUUGUGGCGAGUGCAA